AUGUUCUAUCGGGCGAGCGCGAUCCUCUUCGCCUGUUUAUGUUACGCCCUGACGCUUUAUAAUUUCCCGUCCAAGUAUGUGCAUGGUGUUAGCCCCAAAAGGCAGGCCACAAACCCAUUUUUCGUACCCACUCAUUUGAAUCGAGUCUUCAGUCGAAGAAGGAAAACUUUUCGCAUGAGGAACGCCAACAAGGACUGCGUUGUUACUGUGCCCAAUUACACAACACGACAUGGUGAACAGAAGAAAUAUAUAGAGGAGUACUACUCCGAGGGGGAGAGAGCGAAGUGCUCCCCACUUCAUUCACAAGAGGGUGAUGUCGCCCCUGGGGGGGACACCAACGGAACUAUGAACCUAACAGGGAAGAAGAAGCUGGACGAGCUUAACGAUGAUGCGAUGCAGGAUGGACCACCGCUGAACCCAAGGGGAGAGACCCGAAUAGUGAAGUACGAAGAAAGGGAUGGUGUGGAAACCCCCUUAAAUGCGCCCCAAUCGGCUGCUCCCACUGCCAAGGAUGGUAACCAUGACAAGGGCGCGAACGAUCUGACCACCCCAUCGAAGCAGGAAGAAGAUCAGGCGGACCCCUCCCCCCUGGUGAAUGCACACCAAAAGAGGAAAAAAAAAAAAAUCCAAAAUGAAGAAGUUCGGAAGAAGCUAUCCGAGCUAGCCAAACUCAGAUGGAGGGAUGAACAAGAACGAAAAAAAUUGUUGAGGUGCAAAAAUCAAUUUAAGCAUUCUGAAAAAACGAAACAAUUAUUAUCGUACAAAAUUAAAUUAAAAUGGACAGACGAAAAUUAUCGAAAAAGCAUCAUCGAAAAAACGAGGAGAUUUAAUCAGGAUGAGAAUACCAAAAGGAGGAAAUCAAUACUACUUAGACAAAAGUGGAAAACAAAAGAAUUUCGCGACAAAAUGCUCAGUGGAAGGAAGCCUUUCACGUUGGAGAGGCGGAAGAGAAUCUCCGAGAUUAUUAAGCAGAAGUGGCGGGAAGACGACUACAAGCAGAAAACGCUGCAGGCCAUAAAGGACAACUACAAGAAGCGGAAGUUGCAGGUGGGCCUCAACCCCGACUUUAACUACGUCCAAAAUGUUAUGCUCUUCAAGCGGCUCGGACUCAGCGCGCCCAAAAUAAGAUUCUUCCCCAGCAUGCACAGGGAAAAACUCCGCGGGAAAAAAAAAAGAAAAAAAAAAAAGGAGGGCAAGGAUCCAGAGAACUACAAGGAAAACUGGAGAAACAUCUACGACAGUCUGUUGGACACAAACGAGUUUCAGCAUUCGCUGGUUUACAUGAACCACGUGGGCAACUUGAGCGUCAGCACAAAUACGUGA